AUGACAACUAGUUUAUCAUCAGAUGUUCCCGUUGGGUAUUUCUCAUGGGCGGAGUAUGAUAUUAUGGCUCCAGUGCAACCAAAGACAGAGAAAGCUCUUGCUGCUGCUUUCAUUUCUAAUUGUAUUGCUCAGAAUUUUAGGUUGCAAGCUCUUGAAGCCUUGAUGGAGGCGAAUGUUACGAUUGAUUCUUAUGGUACUUGUCACCGGAACCGUGAUGAGAGAGUGGAGAAGGUUGAAGCUCUUAAGCGCUACAAGUUCAGUCUAGCUUUUGAGAACACCAAUGAGGAGGAUUAUGUCACCGAGAAGUUAUUCCAAUCUCUUGUCGCUGGAUCCGUCCCUGUGGUUGUUGGUGCUCCAAAUAUUCAAGAAUUUGCACCAUCUCCUGAUUCCGUCCUUCACAUUAAACAGAUGACUGAUGUAGAGACAGUUGCAAAGAGAAUGAAAUAUCUUGCAGAUAAUCCUGACGCCUAUAAUAAGAUGCUAAGAUGGAAACAAGAAGGCCCUUCAGAUUCUUUCAAGGCCCUUGUUGAUAUGGCUGCUGUACAUUCCUCUUGCCGUCUCUGCAUUUUCGUGGCUACAAGGAUCCAUGAGCAAGAAGAGAAGAGCUCUGAGUUUAAGAAACGACCCUGCAAAUGCACUCGAGGCUCAGAGACAGUCUUUCAUUUGUUUGUUAGAGAAAGAGGCACGUUUGAUAUGGAAUCCAUCUUCUUAAGUGAUGGUAAUCUGACUCUGGAAGCUUUGGAAUCUGCGGUUCUCACAAAGUUCAAGUCUCUGAGACAUGUACCGAUAUGGAAGAAGGAAAGACCUGAGAGCUUAAGAGGAGACGGUAUGCUUAGAGUACAUGCGAUAUACCCGCUUGGUCUGACUCAAAGACAAGCCCUUUACAACUUCAAAUUCGAAAGAAACUCAAGUCUCAGUAGUCACAUACAGAGAAACCCUUGUCCCAAAUUCGAGGUUGUAUUUGUCUAA